UGUAUACUCAAUGAACAGGCAAUAGAUUUGCAUCAGCUUGCGGCAAAAUAAGUCUCUAUUCUACAUCUAGACUUUGAUGUCAUCAUGGACCACCGGCCCCCAAGACCUAAAACACGACCCAAGGUAGCCGAAAAAGACAGGAAACGUGCCCGUAAAGCCUGCACGCUUUGUCAAAUACGGAAAGCGAAAUGUGUGAAGGCCACUAGCGGGGCUUGCGUCAACUGUGCACGGCAAAGUUUGCCCUGUAGCCUUCAGUAUACCACUAAUUUUGAUGCCUCGACGACAUCACGAGAGAACGAAUCUAUACAAUGCUCCCAAUCAUCCACCUCUGCCAACGGAGAUGACCAGAACUCGAGCUCACGGAGCAGCAUUGUACCACGUAUUUUCAAUUCGAUACGACUGCCUGAACAGCCUGACCAGCCUGAUCUGAUUCUUGAGGAUCUGUCAUCAAAAAGACUUUUGGAGAAAAUAGCCGAUUCAAUGUUCCUUAGCGAUGCUUCCACGGCUUCAUCCAUCACUUCAUCGGGAGUCAGUAAAUUACUUGAAGGAAGGUUUCACUACUUACUCGUAUCAUAGGUGCCGAGGUCGAGCUCAGACGACCUAUUAAUCAAGCAAGCUA